UUUUAACUCAAAUCACUUGGUUUUGUUUUACCUAACGUUUACUAGAGUUUUUUACUAAAUUUUGAAAUUUAAAUUGCAACAUGUUCACCUCAAAGUUGACAACAUAUUUACUAGUAUUGUCUAUUGCUGGAUUCUAUGUCUCAGCAGCAGAUGAAUGUGAAGCUUGUGAUAACAGUCUCGUAGACGGUAAAGAUGCAGCAAAGGGUAGUGCAGCUGCAGGAGGAGUUGGUGGUGUCGGAAAGGCUGGCGCACCUGGAUGUCCAGGAUGCCCUGGUGGACGUGGUGGCAAUGGAGAUGGAGCUGCUGCCGGUGGUAUUGGAGGAGUCGGUGGAAAAGGUGGUGACGCUACAGAUUCUAAACCUGCUGGAGCUGGCGGAGCAGGUGGUGCAGGUGGAGCAUCCGGAACAAUGGCUGGAGCUGGUGGUUUAGGAGGUGUUGGAGGAGAUGGAGGUGCAGGAAAAGGUACAAAUGGAAAUGGAGCAAAUGGUGGUGCAGGUGGCGCAGGAGGCUGUGGUCAAGGACAAACCGGUGGUGCCGCAGGAGGUGGUGGAAAUGGUGGUGCUGGAGGUGCAGCAGCAGGUGCUGAUUUCAAACAUGGUGCAGGUGGAGCCGGUGGAAACGGAGGAAACGGAGGCUAUAAUGGUAAAGCUGGAGCAGCAGGUGGUGUUGGUGGUUUAGCUGGUGGAGCAGGAGGUGAAGCUGGAGCUCCAGGACAGAAUGGAAUACCUUGUGCACCCCCAGCCGGUUCAAAUGUUUGUUCUUGCGAUUCUGGCAAAGCAGUUUAAAAUUGUUUAUUGCAAACUAAAUCUAAUGGUCUGCAUAAAUGAU